AGUCUACCUCCUGCCUUCCGAGUGUGGUCCGACUCAUGAAGAAAGUCAGGCAAAAGGUCACAUUGGCGGCCAUCUUCGCCCUCAAUAACGCCAGGUAUCCCUUCCCAAGACAGCCCCCGCCAGCUUCAUCGCGUAAAUCAAUGCCUUGGAAUUUCGAGCCUUCGGCCCUUUGAUGAGAGACCGGGAGAGACACGAAUAAUAAUCAUAAUAACAAUCAUAGUAAUAAUAGUAAUAAUAAUAAAAACAUGAAUGAAAAAAAGGAAAUGGGACCAGAAAUGGAAGAAGCACAGAUUGUGAUCGAAUGCGCCAUUCCAUUCCGUCGUUCUCUCGAACGACUCUCUCGCCGUUGCCAUCACACCCAUCCCGACUUUCGGAGCAAGCACGGGAGGCUUCCCGCACUGCUCACGAGUCGUGCAUCUCUGGGAGGUCAAAUGUUCAAGGUACGAAUACUGCCAACCGGCCGGACCUGCCUCGACCACAAGUACCAGAAAGACGUUCCAACCUUCUUUGGCGGCAACAUCCCGACGGCCUCCAAGUCAGUCGCACUUGUCAUCGAGUCCCCAAGCCCACAGAAGUCUCACCCCGAUAUCAUCCGUUAUUUCGACAACGUCAUCAGGUCACCUGGGGGACCUGAUCGCUACCCACCCCCUCCAUCUUCCGCCUCUCUAGCGGUAGCCCACGUCUCCGAAGGUCGCUACGCACGGCCCUCUCCCUCCCUCGGUGUUGGCCGACGACUGCGAUCCCAUCUCAUCUACACUAGGAUCUCUGCCAAAUCUUAAUACGGCAUCUGCCAUUUGCAUUGCAUCUCUGGCGGAUCGAUGGUCGGUCUGUUCCUGCACUGGCUUACUAAAACUACAUGCAGUACACCAAGGCAGUGCCGUAGUGAGAAGCCACCGCUCGUGUAUAGUACCUGGGAAAUUUUACUUCAUGGCGUCCCCGAUCCAGCCGUUGCGCUUCAAGCCCACGGUCUCUUCCCGAGCCCAGGAGAAUAGAAAAGGGCGGCCAAGAGGAUUGCCCACUUGGAUUACGUACUUAACAUUUGCCGCAUCACAACAGUCGUUAUUCGUCCGGCGUCAAACCGCGCUUUAUUCCUGCUACCUAGGUACUCAGAUGAAGGGGAACCCCCGCCUCUUCUCCCUUAGGGACUCUCUUUCUUAUUUGAGACAUCUGGGCGCAGUUGGGCAGAUUAAGCUGCCAGC